GAUACGAAUGGAUUCAUAGCCCACAACCAAACCAAAAGAAUGACGUAAAAUUACGCAGAAUAUUUAUUUCUUUUCUGCGCAUUACGUCACGUGCAUUAUUCAGAAUUUUUUGACAUUUGCCUGCUAAGUGCUGCUUCUCUGCGAGUAAUAAAUAUUUUCUUCAUUGUUUUGAACUCUUGAUGUUAAAAUUCAACAUUUGUUAUUUUCUUGUUGCAAUAUUUUGGUGUUGAAAAUAUUACUAAAGAGAUUUUUUGUAUCUGCUUUUUAUUCAAUAACGUUGCACUGCACUGCGCUAGCCAAACGAUUGUAAAAACUUUAUCUUUCAUUAUUUAAAAAUAAUAAUCAGCAAGCAGUGUGCCCACGUAGACGAAUAAUACAAAUAUUCAAUAUAAAAACAAACCUCAAAUACCUCAAAGUCCGAAGUGACUGUUGAGUGAAAUUUGAAUAUAUAAAAAAAAACCAACAACCAGAAAAAGUUGAGUUAGAAACAGAAAACUAAAAAUCAUGUUACUGAGAAAAUAUCAUAUCAGCGAUACAUUGAGAUUAUAUGCGACACUAAGUGCGUUACAAUUGCUUUGUUUUAAUAAAAAUCCAGACGAUGGCAGCGGUGAUGGUGGUUGGAACUCUUGGGAGCGCAACCGAACUUAUGAUUUACUCCAGGAAUCUGAAUUCGAAUCUGAAAAUGAAAAUGUUAUCUUCGUUGACUUAUUUCAAUCAGAACAAUCGAUAUUCUUUAAUCAGGAUGAUGAUAUGAAUUUGAGAAAAAUCCUUGAAGAAUCAACUUUUCAAUCAUGGCAAAGUCAAAUCGCACGAAAAUCCCUGGUUGAAGAUCUUAUACGUUUUGAUCGAUAUGAAAAUGAUCGCAAAAUAACCUUGUAUCCGCUUGAUAUCAAAAAUGAAACCACCCAAGAAACAUCGAAUAGCAGUGUUAGUUUGAGCUCUUAUGACAGUAGACCAUUUAGUUUAUUUCAAUUGCCAAAUAAUGAUAGCCGAAAUUUUGAUAGCAUGGCUGCGUAUUCGUAUGGAUUAGAUGAGCGAAAGCCUUCUUCUAGUUUCAAUGAUUUUCUUCCCGCACAGGAUGUGUUUUUGGAUAAUAGUUUUUAUGAUUUACAUUUAAAUACUAUUUCUAAUGCAUCUCAUUCUUCACCAUCAUCAUCAUCAACAUCAUUUGAAUCAUCAUCUUCCUCGCAUCGUAAAAGCAAAAGAAAUCCAUUGAAAAAAGACGCGGUAUUACCUAAUAUAAAUCGAAUCAGAAGGCAGGACAUUGAUUUCUUCAACAGAUACACUACCAGAGAUUCCAACGAAGCAGCAGGAUCAGGAUCAGCAGCGAUGAGAGAACAAGAAACCUUGACGAUGAUGACUAAUGCUAUAUAUAAGCAAGAUGUCGAUUUGGGCUACACGUUUUCCAACUACAAUCCAUCUUACACCAUGUCAUCGAUGUCGACACCAAUUGCCGAGGCUGAGAAAGUCGAAGUCAUACAGAAUCUGAACAACACUAAGAUCACAGAAUCCAACGAACAGGGUAUAGAUAUUGGAUAUUUGCUAUCGUUGUCUGCGAAUUUGACGAAUUCCACCGACAACCAGGCUCCAAAUGUUACUUCGCAUCAAAAGCUCUUGAAAAUAGAUGAGGAUAGAAAGCUGGCAGAAAUUCUCUAUGAACAGGACAUAGAUUUGGGAUAUAUCUUGUCGUCCCCGACUAACUCCAAAGAUGCAUUCCCUCCGAAAGUGUCUGAUCAGCCAGCAAAGAAGAAGGCCGAUAAAGAAGAUUCCAAUGAUGUCAGCGAUCUAUGGGCAGGAAUUCCUUUCAAAAUUGACAACGAAACAGGAGAGUAUAUUCGUCUUCCUUUUGAGGACAUCUUUAAGGAUUUUAUAAAUGACACUGAUUCGAAGGGUGAAAAUUCAAAUGUCCAGGAGCCCCAAAGUCCACUUGAUAUCGAUGCAACUAUUGAGGACAUAGCCAGUCUCUUCGCACCGUCUUCUGAAUUUCUAGGGGCGCAGAAUGCAGGAGAAUCUACACCGUACGUGCAUAACGAUCUGUAUCAAUCGAGGCAUAACCAAAACUUAUGCUACGAAUCCCAACACGAACAAGUUUUCAAUUACAACAACAACAACAACCAUAGGGUGGACAACUUCUACCAAACCAAUUUACAACCCUUACAAGCGCAGGACGCAAACAAUUUGUAUUCAGCAAGCGGUGGUAGUAACUUGGACGAUGAAAACAGCUUGGGAGUCCAUAACGAUGCUUACUUGGACUCGAUUUUAAACUCUGAAUGUUUUAAAAUGAUGAGUGCUAGUGACAAUGAAAGUUCCAGCACCCCACGAAACCAUGUUAAUCCGAGGGAUGUCUCUAGUUCGGGCGGAAACAUCAACAACAAAAGCCCAACUAAAGCUCCUGCUCCAAAUUCUUCAAAUUCUGUUGAGAAUGGGAUAGCAAAUUUCUUGGAUUUAUCUUGCGGCAGUGCAGGCAGUUCGUUGGGUUCCUUAGGUUCCGAGAGUCUACCAUCGAACUCGGAUGGUGAAUGGGGCGAGGGAAGUGAAACAGGUCAUGAUUUCCAUCAAUCAAAUUUCUACGGCCCCUUCGAUUACAGCUCCAACAAUGGAAAUUUUACAACACGCAAAAUGCCAGUGGCCCAGAAGAAGUACCACAUGUUUGGAAAACGCUACCUUCAAGAAGAGCUCUCAAACAACACUUUGGAAAAUUCCAGGAUAAACACUUUGCAUGAUGAUGGCCCCGUAAAUGAGAUCGACGGAAAGGAGAAUUCAACAUUUGAUGAUUUUGAAGAUGAAACUAAAAACUCUACGAACAUCAAGAAUACAAGUAAGGUCGUGCGAAGAAGCGUCAAGACAGAACGUGACAAGUACAAGAGUAUCGACGAGAACAUUGUCCAUCAUAAUCACACCUAUGCCCUAUCGCAUAGUCAUGUGUCGAAUCCAGCCCUCGACCGAGAUGGCUCUGAAUACGGUGAUGGUCAAUCCGAGGAGGGACAUUUGACGAGGGAUGAGAAGCGUGCACGCAGUCUGAAUGUUCCAAUUCCAGUUCACGACAUCAUCAAUCUACCAAUGGACGAAUUCAAUGAAUGCAUUGCUAAGUACGAGCUAACCGAGAACCAGCUAUCGCUCGUCCGUGAUAUCAGACGUCGGGGAAAGAACAAAGUUGCAGCUCAAAAUUGCCGCAAGCGGAAGCUGGACACAAUCUUGUCGCUUGAGAGCGAAGUCGAAGAAGUGCGUCGCCGAAAGGAAAAGCUGCACAACGAAAAGAACUAUGUCGCUAUGGAAAAGCGAAGGAUUGCUAAUAAAUUUGCAGCUCUACACAAACAUAUCUUCCAUUAUUUGAAAGAUGACGAUGGCAAACCUUGCUCGCCGUCGAAAUUCAGUUUGCAACAAGCAUCAGACGGUUCUAUGUAUCUCUUGCCAAGAGAAAACUCAAAGCAGGAUCCAAAUUGUUAUAUGUCCCUUCUAAUGGGUGAACCGAGUUCUAGCAGUGGUGCCGUUGGUGUCGCCUCGGCUGCAGCCUCAUGCAGAGAUCGCAGUCGAAUGAAGGAAGCUUUUAGUCGAACGAAUACAGAGGAAACACAUUCAAUAACAGAACUGUAGAGUGGGUAGGGGAAUUCUAGGAAGCAUGAAUUCCUAAAAAAUGUUGCUUUAAAUUUUAACUUUUACUCUCUAAGUUUUUGUUUAUGUUUUUUUUUUUUUAAUUUUUUGAUUUUUUGAUUUUCAAAAAAGUGCUAUUAUGGAUUAUUGUUAAUUUUUGAAUUAAAUUCAAUGUGUCUAAAAGAACAACAACAACUACAAAAAAAGGUAUUGGGUCAGUAAAUAAAUUAUAUUUUAUUUAAA